GGCGCCGACAGCUCACGAGCAGACCGCCUCGCCCCGGUCGCGGCUAGGAGCGCAGGGGCGUUCGGAGGGCAUGGGGACCCCGGCUUCCCCGCCCAGUGCGGCAACACCACCAAGGCCGGGAACUCGCUGUUCCGCUUCCCCAACCACCGCGCUGCGCGGCUACUGUGGGGCCGCUUCGUGCGGGGCAAUGACCGCCCAGCCACCUGCUCCGACCACUUCGCGCCAGCCUGUUUCCACGUCUCCGGUUUUGCAGAGAAGAUCCUGCGCUUCUCCCAGCGCCUGCGGCUCACAGCGGGCGCCGUGCCCACCCGGGUGUCCUCCCCAGCACCUACGGGGGAAGGAGAGGGAGACCAAGCGGGCAGCCCCGAGAAGGGAGGAGCGCCCCAGGCAGUCAGGCGGGCGGAGGCUGCCCCGGGUCUAGCCUCCUGUGCCCUCCUCUGGGUCAGGAAGAAGGCCGUAGCUUCACAGAUUACAUGUGAAAAUGAAGUUUUACACACACAAGUGCAUGCUGAUAAUCUACCUGAUGACAUCACUUCAGUACCUGCUCACUGUGUAAAAGGCCCAGUGCAUAAAAGUACACAAAUUUCUCUGAAAAGGCCCCCUCACUGUAGUGUGGGUAUUCAGGCCAAAGUGAGUGUUUGGAAAACUACUCUGUAAUGCAACUACUCAGACUGAUGAAUUAUGGUCUAGAAUGUCCUCUCUCUUUGACAUUUACUCCAGUGACUCACAAACAGAUGCAUUCUGGGAUAUCAAGAGAGAACAGAGUGAUUGAUAGUAUAUAGCUGUGCAGGUGAAAGAAGAAACCUGUUAAAAACACAGUAUCAAA